GGCCGGAUAUGACGCAACGGAAAGGGCGUUUCUUCGCGGCGCGAAUAUUUUGGUUUUAAUGGCGUCUCAGGUGUUUGAGUGGAUAAACCUGGUGUGAGUGUCACAUUUCAGUGGGUUGUCCAAAUGGCAGUGGCUUCUUCAGUCAGACUACGAGUCAUCCUUGGAGAAGACAGCUCUCAGCGUGUAAUUCUUCGUGAUGGUGUGCCACAUUCAAUGAGUGAACUUUUGGAGGAAGUUCAGAGGCAAUGUAAUUUGCCUGGAAGUUUUAGGCUGCAGUUCAGGGAUCCUGAUUUUGACCAUGAAUUCAUGAACCUUACAUCGCCAUCAGACCUCCAGGACAAAGCCACUGUAAAGGUUGUGUUUUCCCCAACUACCCAUGUUACUCUGUGCCAAGAUGGUAGCCCUCCUCCCCCCUAUUUUGGUGCUUCCCACAGUACAAACUUCUCUCCAGCUCUCUCUCCCUCACCCUCCUCUUCUGACACAGUCAUAUUGUCAACUCCUCCAUCUACAUCAGGGGCAUCGUCCGAGUCCUCACUUGAGUCUUCCUCAGAGUCAGCAAGCAGCUUGAAAUCUUCUCAAUGGCCCUCUGUCUUUGAUGUGCCCAGGUUCUCUUACGACAGUGAACUCAAGUUGCAACAUGCCAAUACAGCUUUCAAAGAAGGUGGAACAUUCCUCAGCCCUGAACCAAAACUGAAAUCUUCCAUUUUAGAUGGACUUGCAGAAGAAAUUGUGAAGUACAAACUUUAUCCAACUGAUUCAGACUUUGAGGAAGUGGCAAAAGCACUUAUUAAAAAGCACCCCUGCUUGAAAGAGCAAGGCUCAGUAACUGGAUGCAGUGGAUGGAAGGUUAGCCUGAAGUACAAACUUGGCAACUAUAGAACAAAACUGAGAAAUGUUGGAUGCAUGGAGGUCACUGUGAAUUCACUCAAACAUAAACCGCAAGGAAAAUCAAGCCCAGCAUAUGGUGUAAAGAAACCACGAAGAGCAGAAGUAAACUACUGUCCAUCAUUUCCAAGCGGCGAAACUGCUGAGAGUCUUGAGAGAGUAAGAGUGAACCUUCUUUCAGAAGGUAAAAAGAAGAACAAUGAUCAGACAUUGAAAGUGCUAAUGGACAAGACCUUUGCACUGAGAAGGCAUGAAGUUAUCCACGAAUCGCCUCUUAUCGCAGACUUCAAGACAAGAUGGCCUGCUCUUUUUAGAACAAAAGAGGUAAGCGCUGAAUUUGAGCGGAUUACAACCGUCCCUCUUCUGACGCGGUUCUUUUCCAAGCUGGAUCUUCACUCUGCAAAACUUCUCAAAGUGUUUGCCAAAAGAGGAGGAGUCCAAGGACGAAAGAUCAUGCAACAUGUGACGGCCAUGGCACAGAGUGACUACGUUGAAGUUAAAAGAGAAUCAGUCCUCAGAGCUCUGUGUGUCUACUUGAAUGAAGAGCCGGAUGAUCUCAUUCGUGAAUAUAUGGUUUCUGAUGUGGCCGCUAUUCAGCUGGGAAUUGACGGGACUGUCUUGGGGAUCUUUGCAACCAGAGUUGAGGGAGCUGAAGUCAUGGACCAUCCUGCAGAUGUUGGAGUGGUAAUCGAAGGUGUUGUGGUUCUGGAAGACCUUGCCAGUGUGUCUCUUGCCAUUGCACUGUUGUUUGGAUUAACUUAUGCCUUUAACUUGAGUUACCCUCCCAAAUUCAGGUACACUUUUGAGGUAAUCCAGAAACUCUUUCUGGAACUAGAUGCUAACAAACUGUCACACAAAGUUCAGGCUCUGAAAACCAAGCUCUUCAGUGAGUUGGAGUAGGGUUAGUUCAUGAUGGUCUUAAUUUCGGAAGUAUUAGGCUUGUGACGUGCUAAUUAUAUGCUACAGUUUGUACUGGAUUAUUAUUGAGGAUAUUGCUGUUGCAUUUUGCUGACAGAUUUAGAUAAAGAACUUUAGUUAAAUAUAUGCUGCAUGGUUAAAACCUUUCAAGAUCUGAUUUUUUUUCACAAUCAGAAUGGAGCAUUUUUUUGAGGCACCUUCAGGGUGAUGUUUUGCUUUGGAGUACACUUAUUUUACAUUCUAGACAUUUUGAACAGCCAUUUUGGAUGUGUAGUACUUACUGGCAUUACUGCUGUUAAAAUUUGGAAGGACAAAUAUUUUGAUGAUUACAACAUUUAUGUGAGAGCUCGUUAAAAUAUUAAAAUCUAAAAAAAAACUCAUACAAAAACAAACACAAAUAUUUGAUGGUUACCACCUUUGUCAGGGUUAAUUGAUAUUUAUAUCUCAUUAAAAUAUAUCUAAUACAUCACUGUCAACUUUCUAGGCAAA